AUGUCCGGACCUGUCAAAUUAUGUAAGCACGAUUUUCUCAUUCUCGCCGAAAGCAGAAUCGCACAUAUUUUUGUCCGGAGUUGUGUCGGUGAUUAUUUUGGAAAACGCGCACGAUGUCCUCCCGUCGAAUUGCUCAAUCGAGUGUGAACUGGGCCGCUCUGGCCGAGCGCGUGCCCCCGAACCAGAAGGCUAACCUGGCCGCGUUCAAGACGAAGAGCGACAAAUAUCUGCGCAGCGUUGUUGCCAACCCGGAGACACCGCCGAAAAUCGACUGGUCGUUCUACAAGAAGAAUGUCCCCGUGGCCGGCAUGGUGGACAAGUUCCAGAAGGCGUACGAAGGCCUGCAGAUCCCGUACCCGGCCGAUAACGUGACCAAGCUGGUGGAGGCGCAGGAGAAGGAGGUCCAGCAGGAGAUCGCCAAGUUCGUGAAGGAGUCGGAGGUGCGCAUUUCCGACUACCAGACCCAGAUCGCCACCCUGAAGGCGCUGCUGCCGUUCGACCAGAUGACGAUGGAGGACUUCAAAGACUCAUUCCCUGAGCAAGCCUUGGAUCCCAUCAACCGUCCAUCGUUCUGGCCACACACCCCGGAGGAGCAGGAACCUGGUGCACCGAACGCUGAGCCACACCAUUAAGCGACGACGACGACGACGACGACGGGGUCGGCUCAUUGUGGAGCGCGCAGUGACGUCAACGAUUGGUACCGGCCGGCGUAGAUCCGGAAUAGAAAUAAAGCAGAUUGCUGUUCGCUAACAACACACCGUA